UACAAAUUAAUCUUAUUCACUGUAAACUAAAAGAAGCAUCACUUCCAACUUAUGCUGCUUUACUGGUUACUCUCUUGUUAAUCAUAGACUGUAAGUAUACUCUUCCUACUGAGAAAGACACUUGCUUAAUCCUCAAUGCAUAAUCAAUUGAGAGUGCUUUUUAUUUUAUGCUUUUUUUUCAUGCUUAGAAAAAGUUCAAUUAAAUCAAUUGUAUCAAGAUCUUUCAGUAACAAAUUACCCGAACAUCUGUCAACUUGGUCAAUGCGUCUUUAUCCUUCAAUGAUAAUUCUUGAUCUGUACUACUUUGACACUGUCAACUCCCUACAUAAAAAAAACGUCAUGGCAUGACACAAAUAAUAAAGCCUACUUUCAUGCCUCCGCUUUAAUUUCACACAUUUUU